AUGGAAAUCCAGAUCCAGACCCAGGACACAGAGAGCCAGAUUAAAAAGGAGUUUGAGAAACUUCACCAGUUUCUACGAGAGGAAGAGGCAGCCAGGAUAGCUGCACUGAGGGAGGAGGAGGCAUGUAAAAUUCAGACUGUAAAAAGACACAUUGAGAAGAUGAAUGGAGAGAUCACAUCUCUGUCUGACGCAAUUAGAGACCUACAGGAAAUGACCAGCCUUACAGACAUUCCAUUCUUACAGGUAAAGACUAAAUACACUGAAUGUUAUUCCAGAGCCCAGUGCACACUGCAGGAUCCACAGAUGCUUUCAGGAGCACUGAUCAAUGUGGCAAAGCACCUGGGCAACCUGAAGUUCAGAGUGUGGGAGAAGAUGCAGGACAUUGUUCAAUACACUCCUGUGAUUUUGGACCCCAACACCGCUCACCGUAAACUCGUCCUGUCCGAGGAUCUGACCAGUGUGAGAUACACCGAUACGGAGAGGAGGCUGCCUGAUAACCCAGAGAGGUAUGAUAUGUACACGUACGUCUUGAGUUCUGAGGGUUUUACCACGGGGAGACACAGCUGGGACGUGGAGGUUGAAGACAAUACAAACUGGAGCGUGGGCGUUGCCGUGGAAUCCGGUGGAAGGAAAGGAGAAAAUCUUUGGGACGGGGUGUGGUGCGUGUGGUAUCUGGAUGGGGAAUAUCGAGCGCGUUCGCCAGGAGGGUCGUGGACACGUCUCGCCAGUCGCGUGAAACUAGACAAGAUCAGGGUGGAGCUGGAUUGUAAUGGCGGGAGAGUGUCGUUUUUUGGCCCUGGACAUUACGCACACAUACACACCUUCACGCAGGUUUUUACCGGCACAAUCUUUCCGCUCUUCCUCAAUCACUGUGAAUUCUUUCCUCUGAGUAUUUUACCAGUAGAACAACAGCGCCUCUGA